CCAGCCAACAUAUUAAUUCAAAACAGAAACAAGAGGCCGACCGUUCCUCUCCGACGAAAUUUCACCUUUCGACUGGUUCAAUAUACACGAACACAGAAGCCAACUUCUACAAGCAAAUCCCAACGAAUUUCGGUUGUUUUCUUAUUUGGCUGCCAAUCCAUGGACGUUCGCGUGAAGGAAGAGGUUAUGGAAACGUUAAGCGCACAAAGCCGGAAAACGAACGGCGUAGUACGGGAAAUACCUGCCUCGGUCAUCGAGCUGAGCAGCAGUAGCAGCGAGUCCGACUCGAGCGACGACUCAGACGAUCCGGACGAGAACGAUAAUGCAAACGGCGCCGUUGCUGGAGAGGAAGCACUCGAAGGUAUUGCUUUGAAGAAGAGGAAAGUGAAUGACGUUGAUUUUGUGCUGCCGCUGGGGUUUUUGGCUCCUCUACCGCCGGAUGAUCCUGCUCCUGUUCCGUUGGCCUCCGAUAUGGCGGUGGUGGAGGUUCCCGAGACGGAGGGGCCGCCGGAACCGGCGGCAAGUAAGAGUUUGAGUUCGAGUUCGAGCGUGCUUUGCAAGCAGUUUUGGAAGGCUGGAGAUUAUGAUGGAACUCCUCCUGCUGAUUGGGAUCUAUCUUCAGGUGGCAUGGAUCAUGUCAGGGUUCAUCCAAAAUUUCUACAUUCCAAUGCAACAAGUCAUAAAUGGGCUUUAGGAGCUUUUGCGGAACUUCUGGAUAACUCUUUGGAUGAGGUCUGCAGUGGAGCUACAUAUGUUAAUAUAGACAUGCUCAAAAGUAAGAAAGAUGGGAAUAAUAUGUUGCUAAUUGAAGAUAAUGGUGGUGGGAUGGAUCCUGAUAAAAUGCGUCAGUGCAUGUCUCUUGGAUAUUCUGCAAAAAGCAAAGUAGCAAACACCAUUGGACAAUAUGGCAAUGGAUUCAAGACUAGUACCAUGAGGCUUGGAGCAGAUGUUAUUGUAUUUUCCCGGUGCUGUGGAAAAGAUGGAAAACACCCCACACAGAGCAUUGGAUUGCUGUCCUACACAUUUUUGACAAGCACAGGAAAGGAAGACAUUGUGGUACCAAUGCUAGACUAUGAAUGGCAACAACGAGAAUGGAAGAAGAUAAUACGAUCUACUGUCAGUGAUUGGGAUAGAAAUGUGGAAACUGUAGUACAAUGGUCUCCCUUUUCCAGUGCAACUGACCUCCUUCGUCAGUUCAACCUGAUGAAAGACCAUGGUACACGCAUUAUUAUAUAUAAUCUCUGGGAGGAUGACCAAGGGCUAUCGGAACUUGAUUUUCAUGCUGAUCCACAUGAUAUCCAACUCAGAGGGGUUAACCGUGAUGAGAAAAAUAUACAAAUGGCAAAAGAGUGUCCAAACUCUAGGCACUUUCUGACAUAUAGACAUUCGUUGAGGAGUUAUGCAUCAAUACUUUAUUUGAGACUUCACCCUAACUUCAGAAUAAUUUUACGUGGGAAAGAUGUUGAGCACCACAACAUAGUUAAUGAUAUGAUGCUGACUGAGAUGGUAACAUAUCGACCAAAUCCCAGUGCUGAGGGGGCCCCUAAGGAUUUGAAUCUGGCUGCUGUAGUGACCAUUGGUUUUGUGAAAGAUGCCAAACAUCAUGUUGAUGUUCAGGGUUUUAAUGUUUAUCACAAAAACCGACUGAUCAAGCCUUUUUGGAGGGUUUGGAAUGCUGCUGGGAGUGAUGGUCGUGGGGUUAUAGGUGUUUUGGAGGCUAAUUUUGUUGAACCAGCUCAUGAUAAGCAGGGUUUUGAGCGUACAACAGUUCUUGCAAGACUUGAAGCACGACUAGUACAAAUGCAAAAAACUUACUGGUCCACCAAUUGUCAUAAAAUUGGCUAUGCUCCACGCCGUAAUAAGAAAAAUAUAGAUCAGUCUUUAGGCAGAGAUUCUUCUCCUGAUCAUGAUUCACAAAGACCUACUCGAUCGAAUAAGAAGAGUACUACUUCUAGCAGCAAGAGACUCUCUUCAGACUCAGACAAGUUGUGUUCACCCUCAAAUUGGAAUAAAAGAGGAAAAGAAUGUCAGAAAUUUCCUGAAACAGAGGAUGGUGGACAUGUGUUAAGGAAGGGUGAUAAAAGGAAAAAGACACCAAUAGAUAAUAGUACAAAGGACCUCACAAAAUCAGGAAAAAGUUUAAGGUCAAUAGAACCAUCUUCCCCAUCUACAGAGAAUGUCAGUGAUGAUGUGUGUGAGGUCUUACCUGAGAGACUAGCUAAUGGCAGCAGUCAAAAGUUUGUUACUCGAUCAAAGUCAAAGCAGGAGUGUGGUCUUAAUGACACCGAGCUUCCCCAUUCAGAAACCAAUUUACAUGCUCUCGAGCUGUUGAAACAGGAGAAUUGUGAAUUGAAAAAAAGAUUAGAGAAAUAUGAGGGAAAGCGUCAAUGUGAAUUGCUCAAUGAUUUGCAGCAAGAAAGAAAUUGUCGUGAGUCACUGGAAAUUGAGCUGAAAGGGGCACAGGAAAAAAUUGAGCAACUGAACUUUGAACAAGAAAGUCUCAUUAACAUAUUCUCAGAGGAGAGGGAUCGAAGAGACAAGGAGGAAGAGAACUUGAGAAAGAAGCUAAAGGACGCAUCCAAUACCAUCCAAGAGUUGGUUGACAAAGUUAAGUUGCUGGAGAUAAUGAAAUCUUCCAACUUCUAGCCAGAACCUCGAUAGCCCGUAUAGCUCUAUUUUUGGUGGCAACAUGUUUUCACUUCCGGCUAGCAAACAAUGAUAAGCGAUUCAUGAAUUCUGUCAUCUGAUGCGGUGUUGGGGUAAACAGCAAUUCUUUUUGUAACUUGGACUAGGGGUAGCUCCAUAUUCUCUAACUUGGCUAACAUAUUAGUAGAACUAUUAUACAGGCUUUUCUUGGUGGUUGUGAUCGGUUUAUGUUAUGUAAAUGUGGAAAUUCCGAGGGCUUAGAUGCACAAAUCAAUUUUUGUUUAACUUGGUGUCAUUCCACAUAUUGGCUUGGAAUUGUAUAAAUUGUAAAUUACGUGUACAAUAUCUUGCCAUGAUCUGUACUCCAUGAAAUUAAUUAGCUAAAAUUCUCCCUGGUAUGGUACGACAGUUCAA